AUGAAACACCUGAUGAAGAAAUCGAACAAAACCAGGCGGUUAACUCUUCAAUUCAGCCUGACUUUAGUGACCCCCACACCACUGUCGGGUCCGAGUACGUCUUAUAACGUUACACCAACAGAAGACGACUUACUAGAGAUUUUAGGAGAGGAUCCCUCCAACAAAAAUAAGUAUGGACCGGAAAUACGCAGUGAACUUGCUAGUCGUAUGGUACAUAUCGCUACAAGUGGUCUUAACACGGAACUACGUAAGGAGUUGAUGUGCAAAUACCCAAUACCAUCAAACUCUAUCCAGAUAGACGCAUCUAAACUUAACAUAGAAAUAAAGGCUGUUAUUCCGGAAACUGCCAUUAAACGUGAUAAGGGCAUUGAAACAAAACAGAAACAAAUGGCAUGCGUUAUUUCAUGUCUUAGUAAUGUUAUAAACUCUCACAUAAAUUUACCGAGUAAAAAUAACGACGAACUACGGAAACUAAUGGACAUAAACCGAAUACUAUGCGAUAUUCAGCAUGCCGAUUCUGUUACAAAGAGAAAUUUUAUCGUAUUCGCGCUUAAAAGUGAUGAGUUUCUAUUUGGGGAAAACCUUCCCGAGACUUUGAAAUCUGCAAAAGCAGUAAACAAAUCUGGCCUCGAAUUAAAAGCCAACAUAACUACUACUAAGGCUGCACAAAGAUUGCCCAAACCAGUUAAUCGUUUAAACUACAGAGCUCCACCCCAGUCGCGCAGGUCGCAAGGGCAAGCGCUGCCACAGAGGUCGGCGCCAAGGAGCCGCGGACCUGCAACUCAACGUGCACCCCCUGCCCGUCCACCGCCGCAAUCAUUGAGGGAGUCAUCGCAGCUGCACCGCCCACGCCGCGAC